AUGAAUAAUACAUUUAACUGUAUUUCUUGGAAUUGUCGUGGGGGUUUGUCUUUCUCUAGGAAGCAACGAAUUGUUCGUUCCAUGGUUACCAGGAACAAUCUAUCUAUUCUGGGUCUUAUUGAAACUAAGCAAGAGUCUUUUGAUGAUUUUUCUAUCCGUAGGCUAUGGCCUAAUCUGGAUUUUGAUUAUUGUUUUACUUCUUCUAUUGGUGCUUCGGGUGGUUUGGUGUGUAUUUGGAAUAAGGGUUUGAUUAUUCCUUUCAAUAUUUCCAAAGGCAGUAGGUGGAUUUGCUUGGAUUUUUUAUGGCGUUCUUCUCAUAUAGGAUUUAUUCUUAUUUAUGCUAGUAAUUGUUCUAGUGAAAGGGCUCUUUUUUGGAACGAAAUUAGCUCUCUAUUUAUUGAUGACAUUUGCUGUUUAUUGUUGGGUGAUUUUAAUGAGGUUCUUAUGCCGUCAGAAAGACUGAACUGCAGCAGAUUUACUACUUCAAUGCAUCAAUUUUCUGAAUUUAUUUUUGGUUCGAAUUUGCUAGAGUGCCCUCUGCAGGAUCGGUUUUUCACCUGGCAAAAAUCGAUUUCUAAAUUGAAGUUGGACAGAUGCUUUCUCUCUGGGAAUUUUGCAACAAUUUGGCCGAAUUAUUUCUUCUCUGCUCUUCCUAGGAGCAUUUCGGAUCAUGUGCCGCUUUUGUUUCGUUCUGAGGUUAUUAUUGACUGGGGCCUAAAACCGUUUAAAUCGAUAAAUGCCUGGUGGGAUCAUCCAGAUUUUUCUAGCUUUGUGUCUGAUUCUUGGACUGAAAUUGGUACUAAGAUUCGCUCAGGGUGUAUUGUUUUGAAGCUCCGCGAGCUGAGAGUUCUGAUUAAGGCAUGGAACCAUUCGUUUUUUGGCAACCUUAAUAGCAAGUUGGAUGACGUCCAUCAGUCCAUUCAUCGUCUUGAGGCUACUGCGGAUUUUGUGGAACUUUCAGAUGUAGACAGGUCUUCCCUUUCAUCCCUUCACUCUGAAAGUUUUAUUAUUUCCAAACAGCUUGAAUCUUUAUGGCAUCAAAAAUCUAGGAUGAAUUGGAAUUUGUAUGACUAUCAAGCAGCUUCUCUUACUGCUGGCUUUUCAGAGGAGGAAAUUUGCUUAACAGUCAUGGGUAGUGAUGAUAAUAAGGCUCCAGGUCCGGAUGGCUUUAAUUAUUUUUUCUAUAAGAAGGCAUGGAAGGCUAUGAAGUCGGAUAUCAUAGGCCUUUUUGAGAAUUUUCACAGGACAAGUUAUUUUCCUCCAGGUAUUAACACAGCAUUUCUGGUGCUUAUUCCUAAAGUUAAAGAGGCAAAUAAUAUUUCUGAUUUCCGUCCUAUUAAUCUGAUUAAUGGUCGGAAUACUCAUGACUGUCAUAUGAUUGCUACUGAGGUUAUUCACUUAGCUGCUAAACGCAGAGAUUCAAUUGUCCUUCUCAAAUUGGAUUUCAAAAAAGCUUUUGAUAGUAUUUCCUGGGACUUUAUUUUGAAGAUGUUAUCUAGAUUGAAUUUUGAUGAUACUUGGAUUAUGUGGAUGUCGUCUUUCUUCAAAUCUUCUCAGCUUUCGGUUCUUGUUAAUGGUAGCCCAACUAAGAAUUUUUGA